UUCUCCCAUUGCUUCAGGAGUGAAUCAACAUGAAUUGCUAAUUCGACGAUUAAUGGGACUGUUUUACAUGUGGUAUCUGUAGACAUAAAAUCACAAGAAAACGUACUGAAUGAGGGUAGAAAACGAGAUGUACAUGUAUAUGAUUGUACACUAAUCGACGCUGAUUACCACAAGGAAAAAUUUAAUUGAUGGUGAUAAAUGGAAGGAAAAAAAAAAUUGAAAUAGCUGAUGCGUGUACGUAUUGCUCAGUGCUGCACACGGUUCGGUGUUCUCAAAUAAGCGAUGAAUCACAUGGGGCUAAUUUGGAGUUAUUUCCUACGAUAUAAUCCUCAGACUAAAUAAGAAUUUUGUGUCAGUCCCGAUUAUUCGAGCUUAGGAUGGCAUCUGUGGCGAAAAUUGCGUCCAUUUUCAUUCUCUUCUUCGUUACGUUUCUGAUAGGGCUAUUGCCCUUGGCAAUGUUGAAACUCUUUGAGAAGAAACUAGCCUCUCAGAGCAAGCUUAAGAAAUGGAUUGGAGUUCUGAACUGUUUUGCAGGUGGAGUCUUCUUUGGAACAGCCAUUUUGCAUUUACUCCCAGAGUCGGUGGAGAUGUUUGAGGAAUCUGUUUCCUUUGACUAUCCAAUUGCUGAGGCGCUGACGGGGGUUGGGUUCUUCCUUAUUCUUUUGAUUGAGCAUAUAAUUGGGACUUGCGGUUACGGGCAUUCGCAUCAUAUACAUGAUAUUGGACAUGAAAACCCAGUCCAUAUAGAUACAUAUCAAGAAGCAAACGAGAAAACGAGCACGUUUGGUUUAAAUGUAUCAGAGAAAAAACAAUUGGAUAAGAAUUGUGAUUGUUCAGAAAAUGUGAAAUAUGGUGCAAUUACUUCGGAUAACACCAAAAAGGAGGCAAUAAUCUCGAUUCCUGGCCAAGAGGAGCCUAAAGUAGAAAUAGAAAUGCACGACCCAGAAUUCCUGGCAUUCAGGUCUGUUGUUCUUCUCAUGGCGCUGUCAUUCCACAUGAUAUUUGAAGGUCUGUCCGUCGGUCUUCAGAGAUCAGAUCCAAAUACUUGGAAACUUCUUGGAAUAUUAGCCAUUCAUAAAUGCAUUGUUGCAUUCAGUGUCGGGCUACAGUUAGCUGAAGGUUUCAAGAAAUUUCGAUCCAUUCUCGUUUCUUUAACAUUGCUUUCGAUCGUUGCUCCAAUUGGUGUUGUUAUUGGUUACAUCGUCACGGAAACUGGAGAGGACAGUCAUAGCGAGAGCAUUGCUGCAGGGGUGCUCCAGAGUCUGUCCGUCGGCUCCUUCAUCUACGUGACAUUCUUUGAGAUCUUAAAUAAGGAGCUCAAGAAAGGGCGUAAUUUAUCAAAGGUCGUGUUCACAAUCGUGGGAUUUGGACUUGUAAUAGGACUACAGUUCUUUAAGGACGAAGGCCACUGAGGGAGGAGAGACGUAAAACUGAAACCAUCGGGGCAAAUUUAUAUGAAGUCAUUGAUUUGUAAAUAUGUUUUUCAAACAAUGCAAAACCUCUUCAUACUGAUAUUAACAAACACUUGGUGAAUACCUUAUCUCACUUAAUAUCAUGUCAGUUAAUAUCACUGAUAAUUAGUGAUAAGGAGUACUCGAAAUACUAAUGAAUAUUUUUUUAUGAUGCAGAACAAAUGUAUAGUUUAAAAACUAACAUGAGACUCGAAAUAUCUUUUGUCCAAUUUCUUGUCAGUUGUACAGUGAAAUAUAUUUUAAUAACAUGUUUUCAUGGUAUGAUAUAUAGUACAUGUAAAUUUUUACUUGUCGAUGUUUUAUAUUUAUAGAAAAUAAACAGAACUUGUUUAGCGUACACGUGGCUUUAGCAGCGUGACUACACUACUUUUAUGAUAACUACACUCGAUUUUCCCAUCAGUCCAAUGAAUAAUUCCGUAUGAAGUACAGAUUCAAUGACUUAUGUCGAGAUAACAUUGCUUGAAUAAUAUUUACCUGAGAAUAAAUUGCCCUUACCUGAUGUACCAGCAAUAAGGUAUUUGUUAAUUACAGCAUUUGAAAUGAGUGAUAAUUUGUCUUCCCUACAGCUUUGUAAUUUUUUCGUUGUU